AACAUUAAUAACCAGCAAAAACACUCACUACGCAAACACAACAAAGUUAAACUCGAUUAUCUUUGUUAAUAACCCAUUUUAAUUAUAAAUGAAAACGAAUAGAUUGAGAUAAAAUUCAACCCAUUUAAAAUUAACACUCCAAAACAAGAUUUAUCUUUUAAUCUGAUUGGUUGUUGUUGUGUUAAAUUCCCCGAAGCUACAUUAUAUAAGAUAAAAAAAGGAAUUAAAAGUUAGUUGUUGUUGUAACGCUAAAAGAGAAAGGUCUAAACAUGUCUCAACGAAAUGAAAAGAUUGCGAUAGUAGGAAGCGGAUUAAUCGGUCGUUCUUGGGCAAUGUUAUUCGCAGCCGUGGGUUAUAAAGUAACCUUGUACGACAUAGAAACCUCGCAAAUAGUAACGGCCUUGAAGGAUAUAGAGCAACAACUCAAUACACUUCAACACUCGGGACUUUUACGUGGAAAAUUAAACGCAUCUGAACAAUUCGAUUGUAUAAAAGCAACUGUAAAUCUACAGGAAGCUUUAAAAGAUGCUAUAUUCGUACAGGAAUGUGUCCCGGAAAAUUUAGAAUUAAAGCGAAAAGUAUGGAAAGGUGUCGAUGAUUUACUUCCCAUCGGAUCUGAAACGAUUCUUUCUUCAUCUACUUCGACUUUUAUGCCAUCAUUAUUCAGCGAACAUUUAAUAAAUAAGCAAAAUAUAAUCGUUUCGCAUCCGGUUAAUCCACCUUAUUAUGUUCCUUUGGUUGAAAUUGUUCCAGCACCGUGGACCAAACCCGAUAUUGCAAAAAAAACGAGAAAAAUCAUGGAAGAAAUCGGCCAAAGUCCGGUUAGUUUAAGCAGAGAAAUCGAAGGUUUCGCUUUGAAUCGAAUCCAAUACGCGAUAUUAAACGAAACGUGGAAUUUAGUUGCCGAUGGGAUUCUAGACGUUAAAGAUGUCGAUAAGGUUAUGUCCGAUGGGUUGGGGAUGAGAUACGCCUUUUUGGGGACUUUAGAAACGACUCAUUUAAACGCGGAGGGAUUUAAGAACUAUUGCGAACGUUAUUCGAAUACGAUUCAUGCCGUUAGUCAAACGUUUAAACCUUUACCGAAAUUUGAGGGGGUAUUAGUUGGGGAAAUUGCCGAACAGCUUGAAAAGGAAAUUCCGUUGGAAAAAUUACAAGAAAGGAGAAAUUGGAGGGAUGCUUGUCUAACUAAGUUGAGCCAAUUAAAAAAGAAAAUGAAUGAAACUGAUUAAUAAAAAUAUAUUAAUAAUU